CCCAAUCUCUUUCCUACGACAAAACAUGGCAGCUAAAUCUGACGGAGCAGCCGUGUCCGUGCAGAAUAUCGACAACCUCGUAGCACCACCACCCCGAUGUCUGGUUGCAGCCGAGCCCCACCAGGACGCCUCUCCAUACCGCUAUGCCUCCAAGCCCUACACGCUCCAGGACUGCUGCUGGGUGCUGUGCGCCCUGCUCGUCUUUUUCUCAGACGGGGCCACCGACCUGUGGCUCGCCGCGGACUACUACCUGAGACGGGACUACUGGUGGUUCGGGUUGACGCUGGUCUUCGUGGUGGUUCCCUCCACCGUGGUUCAGGUGUUGAGUUUUAGGUGGUUCGUCUACGACUACUCGGAUGUCAACGGUAGCAGCAGCGGGGCGGUAGCGGCAGUCAGUGCGGCAGCAGCAGCGGCAGGAGCGUAUUCCAGGAGAAGCGAGUGUAAUUUCAGCACCAAGGGCAGCGCCAACACCAAUGAACAGCCCGGCGGUGGCGGAUGCUCGUCUGCGGCGCCGGCUGCGGCUGGGACUGGGACAGGGCGCGAGACCCGGAGGUGCUGCAGAGUGUGCAUGUGGCUGUUUCAGAGCAUCCUUCACAUUCUCCAACUAGGCCAAGUCUGGAGGUAUGUCCACGCCCUCUACCUGGGCGCCCAGAGCCGUUGGCACGGCAACCGUGAGCGUGGUCACUUCCACUGGAGGUUGAUGUUUGAGUGUGCUGACAUAAACAUGCUGAGGCUGCUGGAGGCCUUCCUGAAGAGCGCUCCUCAACUGGUGCUACAACUCAGCAUCAUGAUACAUGCCAAACAGGUUCUGCCACUACAGGGUCUCUCUGCUUCAGCCUCGUUGGUCUCUCUGGCCUGGAUGAUAGCAUCCUACCAGAAGACUCUAAGAGACUCCAGAGAUGACAAACUGCCGAUGUCCUACAAGGCUGUGAUCGUCCAGAUGCUGUGGCAUUUCUUCACCAUUGGGGCCAGGACCAUCGCCUUCGCCCUGUUCGCCUCCGUGUUCCAGCUCUACUUCGGUAUCUUUAUCGUGAGCCACUGGUGCAUCAUGACGUUCUGGAUCAUCCAGGGGGAGACAGACUUCUGCAUGUCCAAGUGGGAGGAGAUCAUCUAUAACAUGGUGGUGGGUAUCAUCUACAUCUUCUGCUGGUUCAACGUCAAGGAGGGCCGCACCCGCUUCAGGAUGUGGCUCUAUUAUUCAGUGACUCUGGUAGAGAACGUGUCUCUCACCGCGGCGUGGUACCUUUACCGCGGGCCGCACACCUCAGACUUUUACGCCCUCAUCGUGGUGUGUGUGGUGGUGUGUAGCUAUGCUCUGGGGAUCUUCUUCAUGCUGGUGUAUUAUUGUCUCCUGCACCCUGACGGGCCGGUGUUCGGAGCUCAGUGGAGGGGGUGUGUGGAGGAGGGGGGGGUGAUGGUGGAGUCCUGUGUGACCCCAGCCGAGGCCUCCCCACUCCCGCCCCCGGACGUGGUCACCAGCCCCCCCAGGACCCUAACUAGGACUGCAGGUGCGGACCGGGGCGAGGUGGUACCAGGUGAUCUAGCUGUGUUCCAGGUUAGAUCCACCACCAACACCUCACCGGCCAUGGCCCUCCGGACCCCCAGGACAGAGGGACCAGUGAUCCGGAUAGACCUGCCCAGAAAGAGGUACCCUGCCUGGGACGCUCACUUCAUCGACAGGCGGCUGCGGAAGACCAUCCUGGUCCUGGAGAACACGUCCCCAGUGACGCCCAGGAUCCAGUACCGUAGCCUGAGCAACCCCAAGGAGGUCAUGGAGUAUGAGACUACCGUGUAAUGUAAUGUAAUGUAAUAUAGCUGCACUUCCUCCACCACACCAGCAGGGGGCUCCACCAGCCAGGUGAAUGGAGAGAACCAUAGUCCUCAGCUCUUAUCCUCUUGUGUAAGUAAAUGAAAGGGGGUGCUUGGAGCCAACAGUCCACCCGACUGACCCUGCUCCCUCUGUGGGAAUGGGGGGAGAUGAGGGGACUGAGGAGAGCGGAGGAGGCCAGGUGCGGUGCUACUGACUGGAGGACUUUGUCCAGGUGUAAGACAGCUGUCAGGAGUUACAGGUCAGAUGUACCUGGGCAUCAGACGUGUCAGUAAGUGUACCUGUCUAUGACCGGUGCAUGUGUGGAGUCUUUCUGCUGACUCUGCAGUUGCCGGGUAACACUUCCUGUGUGUACUGCAGGAGCCAAUCGGCUUUAGCCAAGGUCAGAGGUGAGAGGUCAAAGGUAAUCUAACUAAGAAGUGACCUCACCGGGAACUACAGCAGACACAGAACAUUCCAGCCUUCAAACGCUGACUCAUCCUUGUGUAUAGAAACAUACCCAGAAUCAAAGGGGUAGCUGGGACAUGGGUCUCCCAGCACUGAAACAACAUUGGAGAGAGAAACCAAUAACAUCAUAUUAUCACUGAUAGGGGACUGUAGUGAUGAUGAUGAUGAUGAUGAUGUGGUUGUUGACAUUGGUGCUCAUGUAUAAAUAAACGGGGGAAAUGAAUUCUCCAUCUAGCUGUCAUGAGGAAGGACUCAAAGCUGAUUUGGUAGAAACCUUGUUGUCAAAGUAACAUUAAAACUGUAACAGUGGUGUGUUGAGGACCUGCUUCUGUAAACGGAGGUUCGGUUUAGCAAAUCCAAUCACCCAUUACCGUAUAUUACCAAUAUUGAUUCAUUUAUUUUAUGUUUAUAUUUUGUUUAUUUGUAUAUUUUUAUCUUGUUUAACCCGCUCAGUGACCAUGUUUCUUAUCAAGGUGUAAUCAUAUAUAUGUUUCUUAUCAAAGUGUAAUCAUAUACAGUGGGGAGAACAAGUAUUUUAUACA